AUGGCAAUAGAUCCUUCACAAAAUCCUACUUCACCAUUUUAUUUGCAUCCAUCUAAUAAUCCUAGUCAGAAACUGGUGAAUUUUAAGUUUGAUGGAAACAGUUAUGGAGAUUGGAAGCGUUCAAUGUUGAUUCACUUAUCAGCCAAAAAUAAGCUUGGUUUUGUUGAUGGAAGUUUGAUUAAACCUGCUGUAACUAGUGAUCUUUACCUUGCUUGGGAAAGAGAUUGCUCAAGUCACAGCAGGACAGAAGAUUGGUUGGUUGAGUUCUUAAUGAAGCUCGAUGAUGGUUUUGAGGUGGUCAGAGGAAGUAUACUGAUGUUGAAUCCUUUGCCUAACAUUUCACAUGCUUACAGACUGCCUGUACAAGAAGAAAAGCACAAACAAUUGUAUCAGACGCAUGGUAACUCCAUUGAACCUAUGGCUUUUGUUGUGAACAACAGGAAAUAUUUUGAUCAAGAUAAAAACAGACAGAGCUAUUACAAUCACAAACACAAUGAUCAGAGAAGAGUCAACUACUACUAUGAUCAUUGCAAGGUUAACUAUUCUGGUAAGGGUAAAAGAGUGGCUGCAAAUGUAGAGUUUACUGGUCAUGAAGAGAAAGAGAAUCAGGGGAAUGAGAUUAUAUUAUCUGGAGAGCAGUAUGAAAAAUUCUUGAGGUAUCAGUUGACUCAACAGAAAGCAGAAAUGCAGCCACCAAGUUCAGGAGAGACUAAAUCUGCUCAUGUGGCAAGUAAAUUCUGUUUCACCUCUCCAGUUCAUGGAAAUUGGAUAUUGGACAGUGGAGCUACAGAUCAUAUGUGUUAUGAUAGAUCCUUGUUUGAUUCUUUAAAUGUAACACCCCCAAAAUUCGGGUCUUUGUAUAAUCUGAUUUCUAUACGUAAGUUGUGUAAGGAUUUAGGUUGUCAUGCUAUUUACACUGACAAUGAGUGUUAUAUUCAAGGCUUUUCACAAAAGCCAACUCUUCUUGGUAAACUCAAGAAUGGACUAUACUGUUUGGAUGAUUCAGUCCUAGAAAAGAAAGGUCAUACAGAGUCUCUUGCUGAUGCUAUUGUACAUAGUAAUGAUCUUAAUAAAGUCAAGUUAUGGCAUCUUAGGUUAGGGCAUCUUCCUGUCAAUAGAUUGCAUCAUGCUGUUUCUGAUGUUUGUAUUAAAGAGUGUACUCUGGAUAGUUUUUGUCAAAUCUGUCCUGCUGCCAAACAGACUAGAAAUUCUUUUCCUGUUAGUAGUAUUAAGUCCAAGGCACCAUUUGAACUUUUACACAUUGAUGUAUGGGGUCCUAAUCCGGAUCCCACCCACAAUGGUUGUAAAAUUUUUCUGACAAUUGUUGAUGAUUUCAGUAGAAUGACUUGGAUAUUUCUAAUGCAUUACAAAUCAGAUGCUAUUCAAAUUUUUUUAAAUUUUGUUAUGUAUGUUGAGAAUCAGUUUGUCAAAACUGUUACAAUGGUGAGGAGUGACAAUGCUCCUGAGCUUUGUGAGGGGGAAUUAAAGGUUUUCUUUCUUGCAAAGGGUAUUUCCCAACAAAGAAGCUGUGUGGAUACACCACAACAGAAUGGGGUUAUUGAAAGGAAACACAAACAUCUUCUUGAAACUUCCAGAGCUUUAUUCUUCCAAGCUAACCUUUCUAUACAGUUUUGGGCCAAAACACAGCAUAAAUUCUUCCUUCCCAUUUCCACUGAUUUCUCCUCUUUCUCUUAUGAUUCCCUUCCUGUAAUCAUAAGGGAAUAUGAUACUCCUGUUCCCACUGACCCUACUUCUUCUUCUGAUUCUUCCCUUGACAUGCAACCAGACACAUCUCUUUCUACUGACUUAUCUGAAACUGUUACUAGUUGUCCUGCUCCCACAGUGAGAAAGAGUUCCAGACCUACAAAGUUUCCAUCCCAUUUUGAUAACUUCAUAUGUAACCUUAGUGAAUCCAGCAGUUCUCAGUCACACUGGUGUGGUCUUGUUCAAUUCAGCCAUAUUUCACCAUCAAUACAUGCUUUAGUCUCAGCUGCAGAAAGCUUGCAAGAACCUACUUCUUAUCUACAGGUUGUGAAGGAUGAUAGAUGGGUUGAAGCUAUGCAUAAAGAACUCACUGCUUUACAAAAGAACAACACUUGGAUUUUGGUUUCUCUCCCUCCUAAAAAAAAGGCCAUUGGUUGUAAAUGGGUUUACAAGAUCAAACUCAAAGCUGAUGGUUCUAUUGAAAGGUUCAAAGCAAGAUUGGUGGCUAAGGGCUAUAAUCAGAAGUGGGGGAUUGACUAUGAUGAAAAUAGCAUCAUCAUAGUAGCAGUAUAUGUAGAUGACAUUAUUGUCACAGGAAGUGAUGAGUUGGAAAUUUGCAGAUUGAAAAGUCAUCUUGAUGCUGUUUUCAGUAUCAAAAAUCUGGGAAAGCUUAGCUAUUUUCUUGGGAUGGAAAUUGGGUACAUGGAUGCUGCUACAAGUAUGUCACAAAAGAAGUUCACAAAUGAACUGCUGAAAGAAGCUAAUAUACAUGAAGAUAGGACAGCUGUAACUCCUCCACCUGUAUACAUUAAACUACAAGCAACAGAAGGAGAUCUUUAUGGUGAUCCUAGUAGAUACAUAUGUCUUGUUGGGAAAUUGAAUUUCCUGACUCAUACCAGACCAAACUUAUCCUAUGCUGUACAACAUCUCAGUCAGUUUCUUCAAGAACCUAGAAUGCCUCAUUUCAGGGCAUUACAACACACUUUGAGAUAUGUAAAUGGGACAAUAGGGCAAGGUAUUUUAUUGAAAGGUGCAAAAAAGUUGAUAUUACAAGCCUUUUCUAAUUCAGACUGGGGAGCUUGUUUAGAUAGCAGAAGAUCCAUCCAGGUUACAUUUUGA